CCCGCGUCUGCGGGUCUGACGCAGAGAUGUUGAAGGGAGCCCCAGCCCCCCCGAAUUGAGCCCUCUUUCACAUUCCUGAGACCAUCAAGACAAAGUCCUGUUUACGGAUUGCGUCCCUACAUUCGCAUUCGCGCACUAUAACCCGCUAGCAAGCGUACUGCGAUACCACAUAUUUCUCCCACAAUUUAGUUUGCGCUCCCUCGACAAUCUGCAUCCGCUUGUUGAGCUAUCAAACCUACCCUCCCGAGCUCCUUGCCAACCCGCCAGCUUCCGUCCUCUCCAAGUGUAUUGGCGUUGUCGCAUAGUCAGAAACCUCUGUUAGAUUAGUCGCUCGCUACAACACCCCAAGCACAAUGCCUCCAAAAGGUCCCAGGCAAAGAAAGCCCGCCGCGGCAGCGUCACCCAGAGCCAGAGGAGCAGGAGUCGCACGAGCUGCAGCAGCAGCGCCAGCGCCAGCACCAAGACGACCAAGACAAAGCGACGUACAACCAGGCGACCCUAUUCCCCAACCUAAAAAGCGACGCUACCGCCCCGGCACGCUCGCACUAAAAGAGAUCCGCCGCUACCAGGCCAACACCGAUCUGUUGAUGUCCAAACUUCCCUUCGCUCGCCUCGUCCGAGAAAUAGCGCUCCAAUACCAACCCACCAGCGAAGAACUGCGGUGGCAAUCGCAGGCGAUACUGGCGCUGCAAGAAGCGGCCGAGGCGUUCCUCGUACACCUCUUCGAAGACACCAACCUGUGCGCGAUACACGCCAAGCGCGUGACCAUCAUGCAGAAGGAUAUCCAGCUGGCGAGGAGGAUACGCGGCGUCUGGGGCGGCGCUGGGUGGAUAUAGGCUUUGCCCUCUCUGGGAGGGUCACCGGCUUUUGAAUGGUACAUAAUACCCCUGCGGGGGAACGGGGCGCGUGGGUUCUUCCAGCGGACUGGAGGGUUGGGGCGGGGCUCCUCAUUAUUCUCGCUUUCGGUAUAUACCUACUUGCUGG